CAACAUUGGCUUCCUCCUGUUUGCUACCGAAUACUUCCUCUUCAGGAUCUACUGGUUUGUAACAAAGGCUCUCUACUCCACCCUCUACAUCUGUCUCCUUGUCUACCCAAAUGGACCGUUCUACCUUCCCUUCAACUUCAUGUUACUAGCCAUGCAGGUACUGUAUACAUUGGAGUGCAUGACAUGCAUGGGCGAAUGCACCCCAAUUUGCACACUGUCAUAGAGUCUUUGACGACAGCAGCCAUUACCUUUUGA